UCAUCUGCAGAGCGACGGUCACACUGGCAGUAAAAUGUUUUUGUUUUAGCAAGCAUUAUUGCCUUUCUUUUUGCCGAAAUCUUGGAAAAGCGAACGACGAUAAGAGCACGGCUAACAAAGGCCCUUCCGAUGGAAAAGCGUUUAAGUGCGGCUGCGAUAUGGCUGCUCAUGGUGCUGUACGGCGCUUCUGUGGCUCAAGGCGAACGGACGCGCGAUAAGAUGUACAAGCCCAUUUUGGGGGCCAGCUGCUUCCGGCGACUGAACGGCACCCACCAGACCGGCUGCUCCUCAACCUAUUCCGGCUCCGUGGGCGUGCUGCAUCGGAUCAAUGUGGAGGCCGACUUGGAAUUUCUGCUCGCUGGUCCGCCAUCGCCGCCAUACGCUCCCAUGAUACCGCCGCACCUGUUCACCCGCGACAACCUGAUGCGACUGAAAAUGGCGGGGCCGCAAAACAUCUCGGUGGUGCUGCUGGUCAACCAGACGAACAAUAUGCAGCAGUUCUCGCACGAGCUCAACUGUCCCAACCAGUACAGCGGGAUAAACAGUAGCAGCGAGACCUGCGAUGCCACCAAUCCGGCCAAAAACUGGAAUCCCUGGGGUACCGGUCUCCUGCACGAGGACUUCCCCUUUCCCAUUUUUUACAUCGACGAUACAGAUGAGAUCGAGAAGCUGAUGCAGUGCUUUGAGAAAUUCAACAACAAAGACUACAAGACGCACGCCCUGCGUAGUCUAUGCGCCGUGGAAGUCAAAGCCUUCAUGUCUGCCGCUGUCAAUACGGAGGUGUGCAUGCGCCGCACCAACUUCAUUAACAAUCUGGGCGGCAGCAAGUACUGCGAUCCGCUUGAGGGACGCAAUGUAUAUGCCACUGUGUAUCCUCGGGAACCUUUACUUAAUGAUGGAAUCGAGGUGCUCAGGACGGAUGAAAAGAUUAUAAUGGUCACUUGUCGGCUGGACACGGUUAGCAUGUUCGAUGGAGUUGGCGUAGGAGCGAUGGAUUCUCUGAUGGGUCUGGCUGUUUUCACGCAGGUGGCAAAUCUUUUGCGGCAACUGCUACCGCCUCAAAGCUCGCUGCCCGAUUCCCGUCGAAAUAUUCUCUUUGUGACUUUUAAUGGAGAGUCCUACGACUACAUCGGAUCACAGAGAUUUGUCUACGACAUGGAGAGACUCGAGUUUCCCCCAGAAUCUGCGCACAGCCCACCGAUUGCCUUUGAUAACAUCGAUUUUAUGCUGGACAUUGGUACGCUGGAUGACAUAGCCAACAUCAAGCUGCAUGCCUUGAGAGGAUCAGAUCUGGCCCAGAAGCUGCUGGGACAGCUUAACAAUUACGCCAGGGCAUCGCGCUACGGUUUCAACCUGAACAUUCAGUCGGAGAUUAGCGCCCACAUACCGCCCACAUCGGCGCAGUCUUUCCUGCGGCGCGAUCCAAACUUUCGGGCCCUCAUUUUGAACGCGAGGCCAACGAACAAAUACUAUCAUUCCAUCUACGAUGAUGCGAAAAAUAUAGACUUUACGUAUGCGAACACUAGCAAGGAUUUCACGCAAUUGGCGGAUGUUGGCGACUUUAAGGGGCUGAAAGCCGAUUCCCUGCAGAUGAAAGUGCGCAAUAUAUCUUCAAUUGUGGCAUUGGCGCUCUACCAGACGCUUACUGGCAAGGAGUACACAGGCACCAAGGUGGCCAAUCCACUGCUGGCCGAUGAGCUUCUUUAUUGCUUCCUCGAGUCGGCGGACUGUCCGCUGUUUAAGGCCUCAUCGUAUCCUGACAGUCCCACUGGCUUGCAGUUACCUCCGAUGCGCUAUAUAAGCGUCUUGGGUGGAUCUCAGGAGUCAUCUGGUUGGACGUACCGUGUUCUGGGCUAUCUGCUGUCACAGCCUCAACCAAAUAUUCCCAAAGAAAACUGCACCAAAUUGCCGCUGCACUAUUUCGCCGGCUACAACAACGUCGGCGAGUGCCGCCUUACGACCCAAAACUACAGCUACGCCCUGAGUCCGGCCUUUCUUAUUGAUGGCUACGAUUGGAGCUCGGGACAAUACUCUACAUGGACCGAGUCCACCUGGUCCCAGUUCAGUGCGCGCAUCUUCCUGCGUCCGUCCAAUGUUCACCAGAUCACAACACUCAGCAUCGGCAUAGUGGUGCUCAUCGUCUCCUUCUGCUUGGUGUACAUAAUAAGCUCACGUUCGGAAGUCCUCUUUGAGGACUUGCCGGCUAGCAAUGCCGCAUUGUUUGGUUGAUGAAGUUACGACUGCCGCAGCGGAGCCAUCAUCAUCGUGUUCAGCUCGUGUUCAUUCCACAAAACUAUGCAUGCAUCCGCGUUAGCAGUUUUGAUGUAGUUAGUUUGCUAGCGUUCCCAUUAAUCGCUCUCUGAUAUACAUGUGUGUGCCCUUUUAGGUUGCCGCCGCCGACGGCCUGUUAGUCAGUGGACAUCUUCAAGAAAAUCUAAACAAAUGCCAGGAAAAGAUCUGAAAACAAAGACACUAUAAUGAUAUUCUAACUCGUAAUUUAAGCCAUUAAGCAAACGUUUAUUUGUAUGUAUUUUUGUAUUUUAAACAAGUAAAUUAGCCUCUAGCGACUAUGUUGUAUCAUAUAUAAUAGAUAUUUAACCGAUUGCGACAAAAUCCGUACUCUCCUGCGCAAGAAAUACGUUCUGUUUACUUAUCCCAGCCCUUCGCCCGUUUCGCAGUGUACAUAGAGGUAAACGAAAAAAUAAUAAUGUAACCCCUAAUAAUGCCAAGGAAGAGAUGUCUGUACAAAUAUUGUGACAAGAACUGCUAUAUGUAAAUCCUAAAACAAUGGAAAUAUUUAUACCAUCUGCAUCUUUUGCAAUACUGAACUUAAUGAUCUGAAAUCAUCACUUCAUAGAAGACAAAUAAUUAUUAUGAUAACGACUCUAAAUUAUACAUAUAUAUGUUUAAUAAAUUUUGAUAAGGUGUA